AGUGAUCCCGCAGACCGUAACCUGGUAGGGAAACUCGUCCCGUGCCUCUGUAUCGGGGCGGACGGCUGAACAGCGGCUUGGGUGGGAAUUGGGCAGGAAAGAAGGGCGGAGCGGCGGAGGGAUCCGUGGACGGUUGGUGACGAGAUGGCGCUCGGGCUUGUGGCGCCAGAAUUCAGAGGCGGCUGAGGGGAGACGGCUGUCGCUGUUGCUGCUCCACGGCGGCCGCUAUGGUGAUGCUCCGCAGCGGAUCGGGCGGCUCUGACCGUCCCGACCCUCACCGCGGAGGGAGGACCGCUUCCAGACCGCCAAGGUCUAUCUACGAAACGAUGGAGUCGAGCUCAGAGUUUCUCUGUUUGAGCGCCGAGACUCCGUCUCCGGCGCGGAGGAAACGCUCGGCGGAAAAUCGAUCUCCCGCAGCGGCCACCCGGGAUCCAGCCGCUGGCCGGAAAGCCAGGACGGAGUUCUCUUCAGACAAAGAAUGUGAACAUUUCACAAGACAACACACCUUAAGAUCUAUGAGGAAAAAUAAUCAACAUUAUUCAAACCCUAGCUUUGACAAAGAGAUGUCAACACUGAGUGAGAAUGGGAUUAACAAGAAACACUUUACAAGGCAACUCGCCAGAAUGCAGGCUGAUAGAAAGAAUGAAGAUUGUGAAGAAGGAGCUGUAGUUCCUGUAACCAGGUCACUGAAAACAGGGGUAGAUGUGAAGCCUGCAGAACAUGUUGCAGAAGAAAAUGGGGAUGUCGAAGUCCGUCGCAGCUGCAGAAUUAGACGAAGUCGCUAUAGUACUAUGAACCAGUCGGUUCUGUUUGACAGGCUAAUUACAAAUACUGCAGAAGCUGUACUACAAAAAAUGGAUGAUAUGAAGAAGAUGCGCCGUAGACGAAUGAUGGAAGACCUUGUGUUCAAUGGUAGGGAAGGGGGAAACCUUGACAUGUACUCAAGAGGGAAACCAGCUAUCCAAAGAACCGAUGAAGAAACCUCUGACAAUCAGGAUGGAAGUGCAGAAUCUUCAGAAGAAGGUGAAGACCAGGAAGAUGAAGAUGGAGAAGAAAAUCAGAAGCGCUAUGAUCUCCGACAGCGAAAAACUGUUGUACGUUAUCAAGCCUCACCAGAAAAGCCCAGGCAUCAGAGGAAGCCUAAAUUAUUUUAUGAUGCAGCCUCUCCAGUAAGGCGAAGAUUUCCCUUUAGUGCUGCAGGACCACGGAGCCCUUUCUGUAAAAAGAUAAAUAGACGAAAGCAUGCAAUUCAUAAUAGUGAUUCCACAUCUUCGUCAUCAUCUGAUGACGAGCAACGUUUUGAGAGACGAAGGAAGCGAAGUCGCAACAAAGCACUGAGCAGGUGCCUUCCACUAAAUUUUCAAAAAGAUGAGUUGAAGGGAAUCCACAGAGAUCGAAUGAAAAUUGGAGCAAGUCUGGCUGAUGUUGACCCAAUGCAAAUAGACACUUCAGUACGAUUUGAUAGUGUGGGUGGACUCUCUGAUCAUAUUUCAGCUUUAAAGGAGAUGGUAGUUUUCCCACUACUUUAUCCAGAAGUGUUUGAGAGAUUCAAGAUUCAGCCUCCAAGGGGCUGCCUCUUCUAUGGUCCACCAGGUACUGGAAAAACACUUGUUGCCAGGGCACUUGCUAAUGAGUGCAGUCAAGGAGACAGAAGAAUAGCAUUUUUCAUGAGAAAAGGUGCUGAUUGUCUCAGUAAAUGGGUAGGCGAAUCUGAGCGACAGCUUCGUCUGCUAUUUGAUCAGGCCUUCCAGAUGCGUCCUUCAAUUAUAUUCUUUGAUGAGAUAGAUGGCCUUGCUCCUGUACGGUCCAGUAGACAAGAUCAGAUUCACAGUUCAAUUGUGUCCACGUUGCUUGCACUGAUGGAUGGAUUAGACAAUAGAGGUGAGAUUGUGGUGAUUGGGGCUACGAACAGAUUGGAUUCUAUAGAUCCUGCUUUGAGAAGACCUGGACGUUUUGACAGAGAAUUCCUGUUUACAUUGCCAGAUAAAGAUGCAAGAAAGGAGAUCCUUAAGAUCCAUACACGAGAAUGGACCCCUAAGCCAUCAGAAAUGUUUCUGCAAGAGGUAGCUGAAAAAUGUGUUGGAUACUGUGGGGCUGAUAUUAAGUCGAUAUGUACUGAGGCGGCUUUGUGUGCCUUGCGUCGACGUUAUCCUCAGAUUUACACCAGCAGUGUGAAGCUGCAGUUAGAUAUCUCUUCUAUUAACAUAACUGCUAAGGAUUUUGUGGUUGCUAUGCAGAAGACUAUACCUGCUUCUCAGAGGGCAGUAACCUCACCUGGGCAAGCACUCUCCACAAUUUCAAAACCACUGCUUGAAAACAUACUGCAAAGGAUCAUGGAGGUUGUACAAAAUGUAUUUCCACAUGCAGAACUGGCACAAAAAGGAGGGAAUAAAUCAGAUUUUCCUAAUCGUGUGUUAGAAUCUGACUUGGUAUACAGUGAUGAAGAGGGACCACCAGUAUUUGAAAGUGGACAUUUUCAGAAAGGUUCUGAAAAGCAGAGACAACAUUUUCUUAACUUUAACAGAAGUGCUUAUCACCAACCAACAUCUUACCGACCAAGACUGUUAAUAACUGGGAAACCAGAAUUUGGACAAGCCUCUCACUUGGCUCCAGCAGUUAUUCAUGCUUUAGAAAAGUUUCCUGUUUAUACACUAGAUCUUUCUAUUCUCUUUGGUGUCAGUUCUAAAACACCUGAAGAAACAUGUGCACAGCUGGUCUGUGAAGCUAAGAGAACAGCACCAAGUAUAAUAUACAUUCCAAAUAUUCAUAUAUGGUGGGGAACAAUUGGACCUAUGUUGCAAGCAACAUUUGCUAUACUGCUACAGAAUAUUCCAUUCUUUGCUCCUAUUUUUCUUCUUGCAACAUCAGAUACGCAUUAUGAAGCUCUGCCAGAUGAGGUAAAGGAAUUAUUUGUUGAUGGUUUUGGAGAAGUUUUUGAUGUUCACUUGCCUGAUUUUGAAGAAAGAAGAAAAUUCUUUGAGAGCUUAAUUCUCCAUCAAGCAGUUAAACCACCUAUAUCAAAAAAGAAAGCAGUUUUGCAGGCAUUAGAGGUAUUACCAGUAGCAGCACCACCUGAACCGCGGCAGCUGACAGAAAAUGAGGUCAAACAACUUGAGGAGCAAGAAGAAGAUACUCUACGUGAACUCAGAAUUUUUUUAAGAAAUGUGACUCACAGACUUGCCAUUGAUAAACGCUUCAGAGCCUUUACAAAACCUGUUGAUUUGCAUGAGGUACCAGACUAUGUCACAGUCAUCAAGCAGCCAAUGGAUCUUUCGACAAUUAUUUCAAAAAUUGAUCUUCACCAAUAUCUGUCUGCCAAAGAUUAUCUGAAAGAUAUUGACCUCAUCUGUAGCAAUGCAUUAGAGUACAAUCCCGACAGGGAUCCUGGAGAUCGUUUGAUUAGACAUAGAGCCUGUUCUCUCAAAGAUACAGCAUAUGCUAUAAUAAAGGAAGAAAUGGAUGAAGAUUUUGAACAACUUUGUGAAGAAAUUCAGGAAUCUCGCAAAAAAAGAGGUUGUAGUUCCUCAAAAUAUGCUCCAUCCUAUUACCAUGUCAUGCCAAAGCAGAAUACCACAUUGCAGUACAAGAAAUUGGAUUCUGAAUAUGGUGAGAAACUUAAAAUCCCACCAAUACCUCUGGAUUCUAGUUCUCCUUCCAUUCCUAAUGCCUUAUCAAAGAAAAAACUAAGAAGAAAGAGUCGGUGGUGCCUGGGCAACCUAGCAAAGCGGAAAAAGACUUUGCAUUUCAAUAAAGAGAACAAAGCUCCAGGAGAAGAGCAAGAUGAAGCAGAGACUGAUGGAGAAGAAUGUAUGGAAAAUAAUAACUCUAGUAUGGAGCAGGCUGAGGUUGAAAUAACACAGAUGACACUAGAAGAGGCUGAAAGUUUCCCCCCAGAGCAGUAUAUCUGUCAAAAUAAAUCUGAUGCAGAAAAUGAGCCAGCCAUUUAUAAUGAUGCUAAGUGUAAAUUUGAGAAGAACAACAAGGAUACUGAACUUUCAGAACAAAGAAAAGGAUGUAAUGGAGAUGUGGUAGAACAUACAUUAGACAGGGAUGCUAAUGAUAUAUGUAUGCUUCGUAUGACCCGUGCAAGGCGUUCACAGGUAGAGCAGCAGCAUCUCAUAAAUGUUGAGAAAGCCAUGGAAAUUCUAUCAGAGCGAACACCACCACUCAUUGUGGAUCAUGCAAAGCUAAAUGAAUUACUGAACAUGGCCACUGAGAAAAGUAGAGACUACACUAUACUUCAGUUGGAAAAACUCUAUGCCUUACUCAGUCAGUGUAUUUAUCGACAUCGUGGAGACUAUGACAAAACCAAAUUGAUUGAGGCAAUGACAAGAGAAAUUACAGCCUUCAAUUCUGUGUAUGAAAUGUAAUUUGAAAUCCUAUUGGAAGUUAAUGGGAGACCAAAUAUUACAUAUACACAGUAGAUUUUAUCUAAUGUAGCGUUUCUUUAUUUUUACCCAUAUGGAACAGAAACCCUAGCCUUCUAAUAUGUUGAGAACAAGUAUUAAAGAAGGCAGGUGGUUGUGCUGGUGUGCCUGAGAGCCUUCCUCCAGCAUGCUUGGUUUUUCCUCCUUUGUAAACCUGAGCCUCUCCCAACUAUCGGGAUCUAAUGUGUUGGAAAAGAAACAGCCUGAUCUGUCAAGCUACUUGUGUGCAGAGGAUGUUGAUCUUUUGAAAAAUAAAUUUCCUGUAAAUUGAAUAAAAAUACAUCUUAAUUUAUCCCAAUGUUCUUCAAUCAAAUCAUGUAUAUAUGUUGAAUUGCAGGUGAUAUUUUGAUGUAUCAUCACAUUGCUUUGACCAGUGAUAGAUAUAUUUGAUUCUAGUAGCUCAAAUUUCAAACAGCAUCCAUGUUUUUAUUGCACUAAUUUUAGUGUUGAUACAGUUUGUAUAAUCUCUUUAGUGCUCCAAAUGUUAUGUAAUAUAUAAAUUUGUUAAAAUUUUAAUGGGCAAAAUAAAUUACUCUUGAUACUAA